UGCAACGGAAUGUCGCUGCUGCUAUAUGUCUGUCGGGAUGGAGGGCUGACAGAUGUUUCGAGGAGAAGAUGUCGCGACUGCAAUCUCUCCUGUUAUUAAAUAUGCAUGAUGUUCAACACAACCAUAGUCGUCCCCUCUACCUCUGACUGGUGACCAGGAGCAUCCAGUCAGAUCUAAGAGCCUGAAUUCAGAGCUGAUAUCUCGUCCGAUUGGCUUCCCAUGUGCUUCUAAGCAUGGACCCGUAGCGCCCUCAUCCACCAGGAGACGCCGUUACCCGUUGUGUGACAACCGGCCUCUGGGAGAUCCGCCGCACGUUACCGCACAGGCCCGCGACGCACCGCCGAGAUGUUUACGGCGUUCAAGAAGCUGGUGGGGUCCGAGCCCGGGCAGCUCAGGGACAAGAACUUUCCGGCUGGCUUGCAGUCCAUGAACCAAAGUUUGCAGAGACGCUUCGCCAAAGGGGUCCAGUAUAACAUGAAAAUAGUCAUCCGGGGAGAUCGAAAUACCGGCAAGAGUACUUUAUGGCAUCGACUGCAAGGCAAGAAGUUUGUGGAGGAGUACCUCCCCACGCAGGAGAUCCAAGCCACGAGUAUCCACUGGAACUACAAAACGACCGACGAUGUGGUCAAAGUCGAGGUGUGGGACGUGGUGGACAAAGGCCAAAAAUACCCUCUUCCCGAAGGUGGAGGCAAAGGCAAAAGACGCGGAGAGAAUUUAAAGCUGGAGAAUGAGCCCCAAGAGUCGGAUGACGUGGCCCUGGAUGCAGAGUUCCUGGAUGUGUACAAGAACUGUAAUGGAAUCAUCAUGAUGUUCGACAUCACCAAGCAGUGGACUUUUAACUACAUCGUGAGGGAGCUGCCCAAAGUGCCCUCCCACGUGCCGGUGUGCGUGCUGGGCAACCACCGGGACAUGGGCGAGCACCGCGUCAUCCUGCCCGACGACAUCAGGGACCUCAUCGGCGGACUGAACCGGCCGAUGGGAGCGUCUUACAUCCACUACGCCGAGUCCUCCAUGAAGAACGGCUUCGGUCUGAAAUACCUGCACCGGUUCUUCAACAUCCCCUUCCUGCAGCUCCAGAGAGAGACCCUCCUGAGGCAGCUGGAGACCAACCAGCUGGACAUGGACGCCACGCUGGAGGAGCUGUGUGUCCAGCAGGAGACCGAAGACCAGAACUACGAGAUUUUCCUGGAGAACCUGGAGUCUCGCAGCAAGGGCUCCGGCCCCGCUAACGGUCAGAGUCCCGACUCGGGCUCCCAGUCCCCCGUCGUCCCUCCCAGCGGCGCCUCUACGGGCAGCUCCAGCCCCAGCACCCCUCAGCCCCCGCUUCCCUUCCAGGCGCUCCCGCAGUCGCCGUCCGUGUCCGCCCCCUCCCCUCUCCCUCCGCCGGUAGCCGUGGGCGCCGCGGGUCCCCCCCCCGCCGUCGAGUCGAAGCCGCCGGCGCAGUCGCCCGAACACCUCCGGGCCCCGGGAGGCUCCGCCCCCCAGAAGCGCGGCUUCAUCUCCCGCUGGUUCGGUCCAACCGCCGCCGCCGAGGCUCCUCCCUCUGCACCGGACGACCCCCCCGCCCCGGCGUGCCCCGGCAAGGUUCAGAGCGUGGACGACUUUGUGCCCGACGAGAGGCUGGACCGGAGCUUCCUGGAGGAGAGCCGGCCCUCCAGGGCCAAAGGGCCUCCUCAGCAUCCGGCGGCAGCGGACAGCGACAGUGACGGCGAGGGCAGAGGAAACCCCAUGGUGUCCGGUUCCCUGGAUGAGCUGGACCCCGACGACGCGGAGCCCAGCCUGCCCCCUCCGAAGACCCCGCCCCCCAGCAAGGACUUCACUCUGACCAGCGACGAGGACGACGGCGUUCCCGGGGCCAUCGCACAGAACCGAGACCCGGACAGCGACCUGGAGCUGAAGGCGCGUGUGAUCCACAUCACCAAACCACAGCCGGCCCCUAAGGCCCCCCCGGCGCCCGCCUCCCUCUCGUUGGCCCCCGCGGCGCAGCAGGGCAAGAAGAAGGGAAGCCCGCCGAGAGCCGAGGACUCGGACACGGACCCCGAGGCCCCCGCGGCCCCUCAGAUGCUCUCGUACAUCAUGGACGACCCCGACUUUGAGUCCGAGGUGUCGGACGCACCACAAGUUACCACGGAUGUGUUUCCGGUCCGAGACGAGCUCCUGUCCGACCUCUCUGACGACGAGCUGCAGCUGGCCGCCGCCGCCGCCGCGCCCCUGAAGCCCGCCGUGAUCUCCUUCAGGCACAAAGACGACGCCGACCUGUUCGGCCUCGGCGUCCGAGACGAGUCGCCCGCCGCCAGGGAGAGCGGCGAGGAGCAGGAAGACAAAGAAAGCAAACCCUCCAAAGACAAGAAGAAGAAGAAGAAGAAAAGCAAAGAGGAGGACGAGAAGAACAAGAAGAAACACAAACCGAAGAAGAAGGAGAAAGACGAGCCUCCGGCGGCGGAUGACAAAGAGAAGAAGAAGAAGAAGUCCCGGAGCAAGAAGACGGAAGUGGACGAGCUGGAGGACUUUUUGGGCGGAGGAGCGACGUCGAUCAAAAGAGAUGACGGAGAUUAUGAAGAACUGUAAAAACAACAACAACAACAACCCUCCUGGUUCCUUGACUUGUAAGAGCAUCAAACGCCUCCGAGCCACACGCAAUACACACGCCGCCGCCAGCAGCGGGUGAAACCAGCAGGGGGCGCUGCACGCUCCCGCUGAUCGAUUCCUUGCUUCCAUUCCAACGCCGUCCGUGAUUGGUGGAGCCACGGAACAUUGAUUUGAUCCACGCCCCCGAUCCGCUACUGUAAAUAGGGCCGGCGUUUAGCUCCGAGUUUGUGUGUUUGGGUGUCAUAUUAUUGGAGAGCAUGCUUAACGGGUGACUCUUACGCACUCCUGCGUGUUCCGCCUUUUCUUUUCCUCUCGCGGCUCUAAACGUGAACUCUGAGGAGGAUUCAGAUCGAGUUGAUUUGAAGACUUUGUGUCCAUCAACGGCAACAAAAAAAUGACUUUCCCUUCUUCUUCACUCCGGUGAUACGUCCACAGCUUCGCUUUUGUUUUAGCCUCCAUCCCUUCGUACGAAAAAAAACUAAAUGCAAAAAUACUCUCAAACAUAUUUAAACGAACUGUCGGUGCAGCCUUCGGUACUGUGAGAGACGUUGUCGAGUUUCUCUUUCGUGAAAUGGUCCGAGGGGAUUUGAGUUCUCAUUGGAAAACGGUUACACAGUGUAUAUGUCUAGGGCUUUUAUUGUGAAAGGUCGGGGCAGAUGUAGGCAGUUGUGUUUGCCGGUGAAAAGAGAGAAAAGUGUGACGGUUGCGUUCCUCAUUUUUGUUGUUGUGCGUCAACAGAUUCAGCGUCCGAGUGUCCUGGAGAAAUCUACAUGUGUGCGUCGUUUGAAAGACGUUAGCCGGCUGAAUGUGAAACUGACCCCAGGCCUGUCGCGAUGCGUUUACACCGGGCGACGACGAGCUCGGCAAAAAUUAGCUGCGAAGUUAAAAUCGUAAAAAUGAUCGCAGUUUAUGUGCAUACAUCGUAAAAAAAGUCGAUAGUGUAAAAUGAUCGCGGUCAUGUCCAUACAUCGUAAAAUAAGUCGUAAAUUAUCGCGGUCAUGUGCAUACAUCGUUAAAAAAAAGUCGAUCGUGUAAAAUUAUCGCGGUCCAUACAUCGUAAAAUAAGUUGAUAACGGUUGCGGUCGUGAAUACAUCGUAAAACAAGUCGACAAUAAUUGAGGUCAUGUUCAUACAACGUCAAAUAAGUCAAUGCCGUGGUAACGGGACCCACAUGUCACCCUCUGAUUUGAUGAACUUGUGCAUUAGUUCCCUUCAUGUAGCCGUAUACACACACACACACACACCCUCCCUCCCCCGUGUGUUCUGCAGACUGCCUUCCUGAAGGUUCUCCUCUGGGAACGUGGUUCUGCCGUCCUCGUGGAACCCCGGUUACGUGUCCUCACCGUAAAGCGUCGGCGAGCAUCUGUCGGCGUUAACGCGUCGCUGUGCGUCAGGACGUCCGUCCGCCUCCUUUUGUUUUCCUUUUGAUCCUCGUUGGACGCCACCGCCCCGCUAGUCUCGAGGGUUUAGCGUUCUCAUUGCUCCGUACGUUGUUUUAUCCCCGUGUUAUUUAUUGCUUCCGUUUGUUUGCGUGAGUUUGUGCUGAAACUGUCCGAUAAACGCUCUGGCGGUUCCCUCCUGCUGCUUCUAGCCACACCCACCUGGUGAUGACAAGUCAGCAUCAUCCACACACCUUUUCUUUUCUUAAAAAUAACGUGUAUUUUUCAACAGAUUUCAUACGUGCCUCCAUCUCCGAUUCAUACGUGGUUUACAAAUAAGUUUGUUUGAUAUUCCAAAGUGGAAACUAUGCAGCAUUGAUCCUGAAUACUGUGUGCUCUUCUUCUUCCCGUGUGUUUCAUCAUGUGAUUGAGGAUGAAUGCUGAGCGCCCAGUUUCAAGACGAGCGUGAGACUUCAGUGUACAGCGAGAAGAGAAUGUAUAAAGUAUAUAAAUAAUACCCGUCUAUCUGAAGAGCUUUGUGUUCCAGAAGUGAUGCCUACGUGCCGUGUGCAGACGACGACCCCGAGAAGCUAUGAUCUGAUCAAGACGGUAACCACGGCGAUAAUGGAUUUGUACUUCCGGGUAUUUUUAGUUUUUCCAGACGUACGGCAUCGUGGAACCAAAGCCUUCAUUUAUUUUUCACCCCAUAAACAUUUCCAUCGUUACACUGUGAGUUUGCCUACUUUUUGGUUUGUCCAAUAAAUGCAAACUUAUUUCUUCAUUAAAAAAAAGAAUUAUUGUCUUUUUUUAAUAUUUAAUUUAAUUUUUUUUAAGUUGAAGGAAAAAAUUAAAGUCUGAAGUCUCUGGUUUGGAUGAUUCUGUGCGAAUAAACAAAGCCUUCAUUCUGUUUGGUGUGUGAAUGAAACCGUACAGUUUAUAUAUUUUAUAACUCUUUAUAUUAGUUUUGGACAACUUUUCAGAUGGUGAUUUAUGACCUUGUUCUAAACAUAGCCCAAACCAAAAAGGUUAACUUUUACUUUUAAUUUAGCUUUUUGUUAAUGUGUAAUAUUUAUUAUGCGUGCUAUGUUUUGUAUAUGAGAUAGUUUGCUUCAAUGAUUUUUAUUGAUUGUUUCUGCAAAAAAAAGAAAGAAGAAGAAACCCAUCUGCAAAAGCUCCAUCUGGAAUGAAGCCAGGACAUCUCUGCUCACGGUGACGUCAUCAAGAAGAUGACGUCAUCUGGCGAGUCGUCGCCUUAUUAAAUUAGAAAAAGAUGAAUGUGGCUUUAAAGGUGCCUACAUUAAAUGUAAUAAGGCCGAUGGGCAGAUCUACGAGCUCUGCUUCCAGAUGUUUGAUGGGGUCAUGUCCGGGGUCAACCCUCCAUCCCCAGGCUUAAAGUGGGCGGAGCUCUACCUGCACCAAACCCUCAGCUUGUCAUCCUCUUCUGCUGCUUCUUUUUAAUACAUCCCUUUUGCUGCAUUACAAAGAAGCAUCAGAAGAAGAAGAAAUAAAUAUGAAUACGGCAUCAAGUAAGACACUGGUUCUGUGUGUUGGACCAAGGAAGAAGACAGAAGCUCAUAAUAAAAGACAGGAUUGGACAGUGA